GGUGUUUUCUUACCUGUUCAGUUUGUUUCUUUGCGACUUUUCAUUUGUUGACAAUCCUUAGGAAAAUGACACGAAUAAUGUGUUUUUGUACUUACACGACGGUUGAAACCUGAAGAAUUUUGUUCGUUUACUGGGUAUGACAGAUAAUUACUAAUUUGUGCCAUCAGUCUGGGCAUUCCAUCUGCUUCCACAACUUUCAUCAAUAAAAAAAAAUACUGUUAAUAUAGAACCUUUUUUCUUAAAAAUUGUUCUAUUUCUAUUUAAUAAAGUCAUAUGGAGACACCAACUCCUGUAAAACCGAACGCUCAGCUCGUUCAGAGUGAAAUUGAGUGUGUGAACACGCCGAUUCAAUUUCCAAAUGGACAACUAAAACAUCCAGUCAGAAAAAUAGAGACACCAAAGGCAUUACCGAAUGUCCGUUGCUUAGUGAGAGCAAGAAUUCCAACGGUCCAAGGAACUGAGAUAUUUUUGCAUCUUUACAAAAAUGACCAGGAUACGAAGGAACACCUCGCUAUCGUUUUCGGAAACAACAUUAGAUCAUCUUCUUUAGACGCGGUACAAGAGGGUGAAACCGAAAUGGACCGAAUGAUUCGUGGAGCUUAUGUUGGAAAACUAUAUCCUGGACGCACGACUUCCACGGCAGAUUUUAAAGUCCAGCAGACAGAAACUGAAGAUAGUGAUGCUCCGUAUUUGGUUCGUAUCCAUUCGGAAUGUUACACUGGCGAAACGGCUUGGUCUGCCCGAUGCGAUUGUGGUGAGCAAUUAAAUGAAGCGGCAAGACUCAUCAGUAACGAGGGGAAUGGCGUUAUCGUGUACCUUCGACAAGAAGGAAGAGGAAUUGGAUUAGCUGAAAAGCUUAAGGCUUACAAUCUGCAGGAUUUGGGUAACGAUACAGUGGAAGCAAAUCUGUUACUACAACAUCCAGCUGAUUCACGCUCCUAUGGUAUCGCAACCUCUAUACUUGUUGAUCUAGGACUUCAUGACAUUCGUUUGCUUACAAACAAUCCGGACAAAAUUACUAGUAUCGAAGGGCCCAAUGAUGAAGUCCAUGUUGUGGAACGUGUUUCCAUGAUUCCAAAGGCAUGGAAGGGUGAGAAGGGCGUCAAAAGCAAAGAACUCGGUGAUUACCUUCGGACAAAAAUAACAAAAAUGGGACAUUUGCUCGAUGUCCCGGAUAAACUUUGAUGUUUCGUGCCCUAACUAUUUUAUUUUUUUUUGUUAGACAGUAUGAACGAUGUGUCCCGAAAAAAAUAAUGUUUUAUUCAUCGUUCAUUGUUUUCAUGCCUGAAGUAAAGUUACUAACAGUCUUGGUGUUUUCCAACCUUUUACAUUUUAGGAAUGUUCUGUGACAUGUUACAUGACUUGGUAUCAUCAGAAAUGUUUCUACCUUUAUUUCAUUAGUACUUUUUGGUAAAGAAUUGUAUUUACAAUAGAAUUCUACGAUUUGUAUAUAAGUAUUUUGCGAAUGAAGCAGGUCCAGUUGUAAAAUUGGAGUACUUUAGUUUCUCAUUAACGUUUACGAAGGUUUUAUCGAUUUAACUACGUUUUAAUAUUUAGUCAAGCUUCUAUAAAAAUUCAAAUUACUUUUGCUUUGUUUCAAGAAAGAUCAUAUUCUUGCC